AUUGCAAUAACAUUGUUGUUAUCUAUGCACCAUUGUUUUGGUAAACUUGCGACAUUAAAACAAAAUUCCUUACAAAGGGAGAAAGGAGAAAGAGCGAGGGAGGCAAUGGCCAUUCCCCACAAGAAAAGGUGGUGGGAAAAAAGUUCUUUUUGCGCAUUUUACUGCGACGUUGGUGAAGAUGAUGCUUGCAAUCUCCAACAGCAGCAGCAGCAGCAGCAACAACAUCAACAAUACUUUCCCUUCUCUUUUCUCUCUCUUUCUCUCCUGCUUCAUUCCUUUCCUCUCUGGACUUAACUCCCCCUUCUUAUUCCUUUCCUUUCUCCCUAUGGCCAAUGAUCUCUUCUUCUCCUUGUUAUUUUCAUGCAACUAUAGAAACAUCCCAUGAAACAUAUACUUUAUUUUUAAGUAACUAAACUAACACUUCUAAUUGCUCUUCCAUGGAUGACAACCACCAUGGUUGUUGGGCUGUCUUGAAACGCGGCGUUUGCAAGUCCUCUGCGUCUCGUGACUCUGAUAACUCAAUUCCUCGAACUGGUCUUGUUUAUGAUGCUGCUACUGAGACAAGAUAUCUAAAUGCUAGUAAUAGAGAGCUGUGCCCUCCGAAUGAAGCUUACCUUUCAUCUGAGAAUCCUGAUCCACCACCAUCAGAUAACAAAUCUCCAUGCCAGCUUCUCCGGUUUACUUUUCAGGAGCUAAAAUCUGCAACAGGAAACUUUAGACCUGACAGCAUUCUUGGGGAAGGUGGUUUUGGCUAUGUCUUCAAGGGAUGGAUAGAGGAAAAUGGGACAUCACCAGCAAAACCAGGAUCAGGGAUCACAGUUGCUGUCAAGAGUUUGAAGCCAGAUGGUCUUCAAGGCCAUAGAGAAUGGGUGGCUGAGGUUGAUUUCCUUGGACAGCUUCAUCAUUCUAAUCUUGUUAAACUUAUUGGUUACUGCAUUGAAGAUGACCAGCGGCUGCUUGUAUAUGAAUUUAUGACUCGAGGAAGUCUUGAAAACCAUCUUUUCAGAAGGACAACACCUCUUCCAUGGUGCAAUAGGAUUAAGAUUGCACUUGGGGCAGCCAAAGGAUUGGCCUUUCUCCAUGGUGGUCCAGAGCCAGUCAUUUAUAGAGAUUUUAAAACAUCCAACAUUUUACUCGAUUCGGAAUAUAAUGCAAAGCUUUCAGAUUUUGGUCUAGCAAAAGCUGGUCCUCAAGGAGACAAAACACAUGUUUCUACUAGGGUUGUUGGAACCUAUGGCUAUGCUGCACCAGAGUAUGUUAUGACAGGACACUUGACAUCUAAGAGUGAUGUCUACAGCUUUGGUGUUGUAUUACUUGAGAUUUUGACAGGCCGAAGAUCAAUGGACAAGAAGCGCCCUAGCAGGGAGCAGAAUCUUGUUGCUUGGGCUAGACCAUAUUUAGGUGACAAGAGAAAAGUUUGCCAACUGGUGGAUCCCCGCUUGGAGCUGAAUUAUUCUCUUAAAGGGGUGCAGAAAGUUUCUCAAUUAGCUCACAACUGCCUCCAUAGGGACCCGAAAUCCCGUCCUACAAUGGAUGAAGUAGUGAAAGUUCUCACUCCUUUGCAAGAUCUUAACGAUCUUGCCAUCUUAUCCAAUCACUCUCGUCUGUCUCAACAAGGGAGACGUAAGAAGAAACCAGAGGGAUCUCAGCAACUCUCCAAUGCUCAAUCCAAAAGCAUCAGAGAUUCUCCCUUGAAUACAGGCAAACAGGGGUGCAAAUGAUCCAUAGUCAGUCCCUGUCAUUAUUGGCUCAAAUGUCAAACCAAACAGAGGUUGGGAUGCCACAGUCUUACCAUCCAUUGUGUGAAGACAAUAUUUCAGGCUUGUAUAAUUUUGGGGAUUUGGAAAUUUGCUAGAGGCAGAAGGAUUGGAAGAGGUAAACAAAUUUCCUUUUCUUUAAAACCUUACACGAGAUCUAACCAUGAAUGCGGGAUCAAACCUCCCAUUUCGGAUAUUGGUAUUUGCAGCCACCUGAAUGUCAAUUUCUUUGAGUUUUGCAGUAUGUUCCCCGUUGACACUAUGCUUUUCCUCAAAUCUACAUGUCCUGUCUUAGAAUUAACAGUUUUUAAGUUGAGAGUUUCCUUCAAUUUGAUAUCCUCAUUGGAUCCCGUUAAGAUAUGUACUAAAGCCGGUCUUACAUGAUUGGAAUUUGGAUUAAGUUAUGCAUUAAACUUAAGUCUAAACUCAUAAAAGCCGCUGGCUACAAAUGAAUUGCACCUCCACAAGCUCAGCCUGAUUCCCCUUAACAAUAUAGCAUCUAACUAUUUGAUCCAAGAUAAGCCACUGGCUUAUUUGCAGCAA